GUCACGACGACCGGUGUGACUCAACGCUCGGUACUGGUAUAAGUUUGGGGUUCCUGGACCCCCAUCGAGAUUCGAAUCCUAUUAUUUUCUCCAGUUUAGUAUUGUUAGCCACACAGGCCCAAAACUCGAAAUGGAAGAGUCAACCCGAAGCGUCGUCGCGAGCGAUCGUGUGCACAACCUCCUCCAGAAGCUGCACCAGGAGUCCGAAGCCCAGGAGAAAUCCAUCUCGCAGAUCUUCUUCUACAUCACCCGCCUCGCCCGCUUCUACCUCUUCAACGAGACAUGGUCCGCCGCCAGCGACGACCACAUGCGUGACAAGUUCGUCAGCCUCGAGGCCGACAAGUGCCAGCUCAUGUACCUGCUCGCCCGGAGCAUCGGCGCCAGGAAUAUCGUCGAGGCCGGCACCAGUUUCGGCGUCUCGACCAUCUACCUCGCCCUGGCUGUGGGACAGAACGUCACCGACGCCAACCGUGAGCUUGCCCCGGGGGCCCGGCCCGGAACCGGCAAGGUCAUCGCGACGGAGAAGGAGCCCACCAAGGCGGCCAGGGCCAGGGCGCACUGGAAGGAGGCCGGGGACGAGGUCGAGCCCUGGAUUGAGCUGCGCGAGGGCAACCUGCUGGAGACACUUCAGGUUGAGGAGGGCAUGCCCGAGACAAUUGAUCUCCUGCUCCUCGAUAUCUGGACUCCCUUGGCCUUGCCCACGCUCGAGAUCAUUCGGCCCCGGCUCAGGCGCGGCUCCAUCGUCAUCGCUGACAACACCGUCAUGGCGAAGGCGUUGUACAAGGAGUUUCUCGACUACAUCCGAAAUCCUGAGAACGGGUUCAAGACCUCGACCCUGCCGUAUUCGGGCGGUCUCCAGAUCUCUGUAUUCGCGUAUUCGUCAGUGAGCGGGAGCGUAUUUACCUUUCAAGACGGUCUUUCCAGCAAAACCCUCUCUUACGACGCGGACCAUCUACAGGGGUCCAGGAACUCUUCGGGAAUGGACGAGAGCUUCCCCGACAGUCAGGAAUUCUUAAACGAUUUCAGCGCCGCGGUAGAUCCUGACUACCAAUUUCGCGGGCACCCUACACUCAGCACUUCGACGUCUACGCAUAGCCGAAACCCAGACAGCACCUUCUCCACCGUGUCUCCCGUCACCGGAGGCACUUCUGCGGCGCAAACUCCCAGCUCGAUAGACAAUGGCUUCACCAACAUCAAUGGUUGGGACGAGUGGAAGGACUGGAUCGACAUGGACGAGGCUCAAAACCCGGCUGCCGAGCCGCUUACCCUGUUCCCCCAGUUAGAAUACCCUGGCCACCCUAGUCUAUAUGGCCCGUUCCCCUUCGGAUCGUCCGAUACCCCAGAAACGGAUGGGCUAUCGGAGCCUCCCCUAUUCUCAACUUUGUCUACAAGAGACCUCGGUGGCUUCCCAUUUGCCGCCACGGAGUUUUUGAUGACUCCCAGCGAGAAUGGCUCGGCUGGCUUUGCCCAGCUCCAAACCAUCCCGGAAGCGCCUCAGCCCACAGCGCAGACCCCUUCGAGUUUCGGCCAUAGCUCAAGCCCAGAAUCCGAACCCCCUGCGUCGCGGGCCAAGAAUGUGGCACUACCUUCCAAGAAACGAAAGCUCGAUCCCUUCGACGAGGAGGGCUCCCCACAACCCCCACUACCACAGAGGGGGUUAGCACACAAUACCGUCGAGAAACGCUACCGCAACAGACUCAAGGACAUGAUCGCCACUCUGCGCGACCAUAUCCCAUCUCUACAAAAUCUGGACAAGAACGGCGGCGAGAGAGGGGCGGCCGGCCAGUCAGUCACCAAAGGAAUAGUCUUAUCUAAGGCGAAAGAUUACAUCAUCGAACUCCAGGCGUGUAACAAGAGGCUCACCGAGGAGAACAGCACCCUGAAGAAACAGGUCAUGGUGCUGGGGAAGCUCAACGUGCAGCUUACGGUGAAGACAGCAGACAGCCGCCGUUCCACGGGAGGUGCAGUCAGUAAGGUGAUGGUCGGUGGCCUGGCCGGCAUGCUGGCGACGCAGGGAUUCAACACCCCCGAGCAGAGCAACGAUAUGCCCUCGGGGAGGGGCCUGUUUGCGCUCCCGGCAGACCUCCUCGCAUAUAUCACGCGCUCCUUUCACAGCCACCACCUGUCCUUGCUUACAAAUUCCGCGCAUAUGGAGGCCGGCUUGUCGGUAUUGCGAGGGGUUCUCCUCGUCAGUGCCGUUGUCUACAUCUUUUUACCCUGGGUUUUCGAUGCUCUUGCGCCAAAACCUCCGCCACCCAAGGUAACCGAGGUACGCGAGGCUCAAACGGAAGCGGCCCCGUCGAGCCUCGCCAACAUCCAGGAGGUCCGGAGGGACGCAUUCCUCACUGCAACCCAGACGAUCUGGGUCCCCUCCCGCAGACUUGAACUCUGCGCUGCGGUUCUGCGGCAGGUGCUGAAUUUAGCACUGCACAGCUGGAACAUGGACGUCAUCUUCUCCAGACAUAGGGGGGUGACAGACGAGGAUGCCGCCGAAGGGAGUGCGAGGGCGUGGGACACGGUGGUGGAUGCUCAGCUCACGGGCGGCGAUGACAAUGCCACGUUCGGCCGCACGCUACUGACGUUCCUGGGGGCCGGGUCGCUCCCUGAGACACCGUACCGGCUGAUGCUCCGUGCGAUGCAUGCCCGGGUACUUUCGGAAUUGGCCGAGGAGUGGUGGUCCAAGCCGCUCAAAGGGCUGCUGGCAGGGUCCUCUCGGAGCCUGUGGGAACGAGCGAGAGCCCUGAGAAAGGCGUCAGCGGAGUCGUCAAAAAGCGACGGCGACCAGCCGCUACCGUCAUACCUGGCGGAGAUGCUGGAUCACGAUGCUGACGACGUCUUCGUUGACGAGGUGGUCCAAAGGGCAUCCGAGCUUGCUGCUGUCGGUCCUCCUUGCGACCCAAAGAAUGCAGCCUCUCCCGAGGACUGGGUGGAUGCCAUCGUCCGCGACAACGCCGUCGUGUCGCCGCUUGACCUGCUCGCCGCGUGGCGCUCGUCGGCACUUCUGUGCAAUGCUCUCGCCUUGUUCCCGGCAGUGGAAAGCGCGGAUGAGAUCAAGCCGGACCUCGAUGCCGCCCUCAGACUAGCGCCGCCCGGCUCCGCCGGAUGGGCCCGGACACUCGUGGCUCGUGCCCUUAUCUUGCCCGAGAAGGACCAGCGGCGGAACAUCUCGGUCGCCUUCCAGGCCCUGCUUGCGUCGUCGUUGUCUCAGCCGUUCGUCUCGGCCGAUUCCGAGCAGGCGCCGUCGAAGCCGAGGGGCCUGCCGGCCAUACCCAGGGACCUGGCUCUGGCCCUUCGGUGCGCUAUCGCGAUCGACAGGCUAGAUGGACAAGAGGGAGACAGGGCCGUGCAGGCGCUGGCCGUUCAGGUGGAGGCGUUGCCGGACGCCAGGGACGGGCUGCUGGGGACGCUCGAGGUCGUGGCGCUGUACCAGUUCCUCCGUGUGCUAUUCGGGGAGAAGGAGCUGCGUGGCGGGUAUAGGGGACUGUGCGAGAAGAUACAACUACGGAUACAGACGAAACACUCGCUUUGCGCGACGCACGCGACGCACGCGACUUUCACAAAGCUUGCUCAGGAUCGUGGCAUACGUCCCCGUCACAAGAACCUGGAAGCUGAGAAAGGGGAUCUGCACGAUCUUGCGCGCGCCUCGCGCGAUUCAGCUCCCGCGUGUACUAUGGAAUAUCGUCAUCCUUCUAUCGAGGCGAGAUGCGGGCACGCAAGGCAUCUAACAGGACCCGUGCCCCCCAAAAAUCAGAAGCUUCGCAAGACAUCAUCAUCCCACGGCCUCCCGCUCGCGGCCCGCCACCCCCUCGCCACGGCGGCCCUCGCCCUCGCGCUGACGGCGCUGUCCCUCCCCGUCCUCGUCGCCCGGCACGGAACCUCCAGGGCCCUUCGAGGAGGCGGCGGCGGCGGCGGAUGGGCGGCCGACGACGACACAUGGAGGUCCGUCGAUGUGGUUGAUGCCCCGGAUCAUCAUCAUCAUGCCCCCGAGAUCGACGUCGAGGUCAGGCAGGCGUGGAUAUACGCCGACGGCGGCGCGGACGCGCUGGGGAGGGGCGCGCUGAGUGGCGCCGAGGGGGUGCAGGAGCGGCUGCUUAGGGAUAUCCUCACAACCACAACCGCCACGAUGACGACGGCGACGCCGGGUGACGGUGGUGAUGAUGAUGGCCCGGCCUCGUUCGUGCUGUCGAUAUUGUCGGGCUUGAACGCCUCGGCUGACGGGGUGGAUGCCUGCCAGGCGGUGCAUGCGCGGUCGCCGGCGGACCUGGCCCUGCGCCCGCUGGCUACCCUGGCGGCGCCCGUCGUGGUUGGCCGGAGGGUCGUUGGGGCUGGUGGGAUUGUGGUCAGCUUGUUUUAUACGCCGGGAUCGAGUGCCGGGGAGGUGUGGAGUAGGAAUGUCGCGGGACUGGCGGAGGACCUUGAUGUUGUCGUCCGCCAACCGAGCGACGGGACGACAAGUCGCAUCGUUAUGAUACUGGCUCGCAAGGCCACGGCUUGGGACGAUAUCGCCUUCUAUGCCCUCUAUACUGCGGCGGCGGUAUAUGUUACACGGGCAUUGCGGGGCGUGGCGAGAUUCAGGAGCAAACUGGCCCAGUUGGUUGCCGUCGUUGCGCAGGUCUUCGCGUCGACAACCCUGGCCUUCGCUGUGGCGUCCGUGGUUGGAAUUGACCUCUUGACAGUACCAUGGAAGGCAUACCCGCUCAUUGCCUUCGCGCAGUGCUUUGGGAAUAGUCUUCAGUUCAUCGACGAAAUCGAGAAGUCCUCUGGCAACUCCAGAGUGAUGCUGAUUUCCAAUGCGCAUAAACGCCUGGGGACUACACCCUUCAUCAACGCCGCUCGAAACGCCGUCAUCUUCUUGGUCUUGUCCUCAGUCACCCCCCUGGGGCUUGCCUCGUUUGGUUACUACGCCAUCGUUGUAGUCACAUUCGACCUUCUUGUCUUUUCCACCCUGUUCGUUGCCGUUUCAUCACUCAACGUCCGCAGUAUCAGCCUCGAGGAAACCUUUUCCGGCACAGAGAAGUCGAAUGUGGCACAGAGCCUUCAGAACGGAAACACGAAAACUGCGUUAUCUCACCGGUCGUCGCCAGAAACCGCCGUUUCGAGACUCACGGCUGGUUUGGUGAUAAUCGGCCUAUUUGUGUGCAUCCUGGCCGCCCACUUUAUUGACCUCAGAAGCACACUGAAGUUUGGUCGACUUCUGAGAUUGAACCGGGAAGCUUUUCCCGGGUUUCCAUUGCGCAAUGCUGACCGCCUUUGGCCUGUGGCCGACACCUUGAGUUGGCUCCGUAUGCAAGAUGUAGACACACUCGGAGCGAUUAUGAGGCUUGCAGGCUUGCAGUCGUCGAUAGUCGUAGCUCAAAUCCACGAUCCGCUGGCUAUCGUGCUCGAAGCUACGGGCGUCAACGCAUCAACAGUCGACGAUAUCUGGACCCGACAGAUCACGGCGGUCCUUUCAGAUAGAUGGCUGUGGAUUCCGACGGCCAUAUUCUCUAUUGUAUUAGUCACGGCCCUCGCGCUCUGGGAGGCCUUCCUCUCCCCGGAUGGCGGCGACGAGCUGGACAUGUCUGGGGAGUCGACAGAUAUCUCAUCCGUCAGAUGUCUCUCCCAAGCGCACACGCUCGAUGUCUUUUUACUUGCGUCAGACUCGAGGCGUUUUCUCGUGUCGGUCGGCUUCGAUCGGGAGGUCCGACUUUGGGACCUGGAAUUCGUCACGCCCAGUAGCACAAUCAUACCGUAUACGCCCUCGCUAGGCGUGCACUGGCCCAUCACCAUGGUGUCGAUAGACAGCAGGGCCGAGUGGAUAGCGAUAUGUUCCCAGGACCACCACGUUGCCGUGUGGAACCGACAAAACCAGUCUUUCGCACUCGCGACAACCACCGACUCGCGCAUAGCAUCCUGCGUCUUUGCCAGGGUUCCAACGGUCGGCAAGUUCUCCACCAUAACAACCCACCUUCUCAUCGUGCUGGAGAACGGCGCCUUGGUCGACAUCAAUAUCGACACUGCGCAGGUAAUCCAGGCAAAGCUCUGCAACAGCAAGGUCCUCUCCGCGCACAUUGGUUCCAGCCCACGCAUGCCGGCCCGCCUGAUCAUCUUGACGGAGCAAGACGGCAUCUUCAUCUCGGUCAACCGGGACGGCUGGUGGUCGACACGACCUCUCCCCCUGGCCUCUCUAAACCUUACAUCGCCGACCUCGGGUCAGGGGUUGCGCUUCUCGGUAAUCCCAUCGCUCAAGGGAGUGGGGAUGGCGUACAACGAAGAGAAGUCGGACCUGCAUCUUCUGGAUCUGUUCACAGGCGUCCAGAUCUACUCCUUCCACCCCCGCCCCCUAAAGUUCUCGACCCUGCGCGCCUUCCACUCGCCGCCCCAGUCCUGCGUCUACUGCGGCUCGACGGCCGUGGCCUCCUUCUCCAUCGCCUACACGGAGAAGGGCGACGGCGGCGACGGCGACCUGGUGAUGACGACGGUCAGCGCGGAGCACAACCCGGAGCCGUACAGGACAGGCCUCAUCUGCCUGCGCUCGGAGCGCGACGUCCGCGAGCGCCGCUGCCACGGCUUCGUCAGGGCGGCCGAAGCCGUGCACGUCGUGCCCGACCCGGGCGUCUGGGAGGCCACGGGCGCCAACGGCGUCGCCGGCGUGCGCAGGCGCGAGGCGGCGACGGCGUCGUCGUCGGGUUGCGCGAGUUCUACCACCGCAACUACGGGCGGGACGGCGUUUAGGCUACCCGUCCACACGGGCGAGAAUGGCGGCAGGCUGGCCCAUAGGAAGGCGGCGCGACACUCAUCCUCCCCCUCCCACUCCUCCCAGACAGCCGCCGAACAGGGCGAUAGGUGGGAGGCCUGGACGAUGACGGCGCGGGGGGUGCGGAGCAGGCACAGCCUGACGACGGGCCUGCUGGCCAGCAAGCCCGGCCCGGCGUGCCGCGUCGCCCGCAACGCCGUCGCCGUGGGCCUCGCCGACGUGGUUGUGCUGGUCCAGUUCGGGCCCCAGCUGCUGGACAACGACGACCUCGAGGGCGCGGGCGGGGGCGCGGGCUUGCCGGCGCACGGGAGGCUGUCGAGGCAGGGGAGUCGGAGGUUUGGGACGUGAGCAAUUUUCUUUUUGGCGGGGGGGUGGAGAGGAGAAAUCUAUAUAAACAAAAGAACGGAAAAGAAGAUAACAGGGAAAAGGGAAAAGCAACACGGUGGAGAGGGAAAGUUAUUUUAACUGGGCGGGCGUAAAGCUCUAUACUGCAUGGAUCCAAGCAAACUAACUCGGCGUUGUUCUUUUGUUGGUGGGCUGGGGGUUUUUGUAAUCUGUAUACCUCCCUGCCUACCAACCUACCUACCUACCUAGGUACCUGCCUACCUUACAUUAAUGGCAUUAACAUUGCGCUGGAAAGAGUCAUCCUACCCCGUAUCCUCUAGACUUUCCUCCCCACGUCCUCCCCCCCUCCCUAUCCACCCCCCGCU